AUGAGUUACAAGAGGAAGACGAAGACUGGGGAGUGUGAGAUGAUGACUUACAACGCUGAAUCUUUGAGUUUUAGGCCGAGCAGAUCUAUUGGAGGUAGAAUAAUGUGUGAUUGUUGGUUGCCCGCCAAGAUUUUCACUUCGUGGACAAAUAAAAAUCAUGGUCGAAUGUUUUUUGGUUGUGAACUGUAUAAGGAAAUGGGCAAUGAACAUUGCAAGUUCUUUAAAUGGUUCGAUGAAGGGAAAGUCAAUGGGUGGCCAAAAAUAGCAAUGAUUGAAGCUAUAGAUGAAAGUAGAGAGGAAAAAAGAGUGAUCAAUGAACUGAGAAACAUAAAUUGGAAACUUUGUAUGGAAUUGGACAAAAAGAGGCUGCAAAAUGAAUUGAAAGUGAAGCUGAGAUGA